CUGGACAAGGAGUUUAACCUGGCCACCAGCACUGAACUGGACGGAGAGCCCAUCAUUCACUUGUACCAAACGCUUGGAGCUGAAGCGAUGGCCAAACAGCUGGACGGUGUCUUUGCCUUUUGUAUCCUCGAUGUGGUCAACCGGAAAGUCAUCUUGGGCAGGGACACUUAUGGCGUGCGUCCACUCUUCAGGUUUCAGACAGACGAAGGAUUUCUAGGAGUUUGUUCAGAGGCCAAAGGUCUUUUCGGCUUGUCACACAGUCUAUCAGAUGAGGAUGUUCACAUCGAUGCAUUCCCGCCUGGACAUAUCGAAAUCUAUGACCUGGACAAAGAUGGUCGCGCUUUUCUCAAAGAGAGGACGUGUUUCAACUCUCCAGGCCAGUUCCCGCUUUACAAGACCAAGAUUUCUUCUUUUUCUAAAGACGUGAAGGAAAAUGUGUCCAGGCUGCUGGAAGCGGCGGUAGAAAAGCGACUUAUGGCAGAUGUUCGCAUCGGCUGUCUGCUGUCAGGUGGCCUUGAUUCGAGCCUAGUAGCUGCCCUGUUUAACAAGUUAGCAAACGAGAAAGGUAUCACAUACCCCUUGCAGACCUUUGCUAUUGGGUUAGAAGGCAGUCCGGACCUCAAAGCAGCCAGGAAAGUGGCUGAUCACUUGGGCACAGAGCAUCAUGAGGUCAUCAUGACACCAGAGGAGGGCAUUGAUGCCAUCGAUUCUGUCAUUUAUCAUCUAGAGAGUUAUGACAUCACAACGGUCAGGGCAUCUGUAGGAAUGUUUCUCCUCAGCAAGUACAUCAGAGAGAAGACCAACACCAAAGUCAUUCUGUCAGGAGAGGGCGCCGAUGAGGUAGCCCAGGGCUACAUCUAUUUCCAUCACGCCCCGUCCCCAGAAGAAGGCGACAAGGAGAGCAGGCGACUCUUGAAGGAUCUCUACAUGUUUGAUGUCCUCCGCUCAGAUCGCGCCACGGCUGCCUGGAGUCUGGAGGUGCGAGUUCCAUUCCUAGACCAUCAGUUUAGCAGCUACUACCUCUCCCUGGACCCUGAACUUCGACAGCCUAAAAAUAGUAUUGAGAAAUACUUGCUCAGGUCUGCCUUUGAUGAAUCUGAUCUCCUUCCGAAGGAGAUUCUGUGGCGUCCCAAAGAAGCCUUCAGUGAUGGGAUCUCCUCAGUGUCCAGAUCCUGGUAUCAGAUCAUCCAGGAUUACUGCCAAGAGCAG